GUUUUUAGUUGUAUGUAUGAAUAAACAUUAAUUUUUUGUCUCUUAAUUUAGAUGAAAGAGAGUAGAGAUGGAACAAAGAGUGAUAGAGCUGCAAGGUCAUCUUCUGUUGGCUCACUUCCACUUAUUCUGGACAUAGAUGACUUUAAGGGUGACUUCUCUUUUGAUGCAUUAUUUGGAAACUUGGUAAAUGAACUCCUCCCAUCAUUCCAAGAAGAAGAGACAGAUUCUUUGGAAGGCCAUGGCAGCCUUGGUGGCAACGAUGCUUUACCCAACGGGCACAUGAGGGUUCCAUCUGAUAUGGCAAAGUCAGCACAAGGAGGAGUCUCCACUCCAUUAUUUCCAGAAGUUGAUGCUCUCUUAUCUCUAUUCAAGGAUUCUUGCAAGGAGUUGGUUGAUCUCCGCCAGCAGGUGGAUGGAAAACUGUACAAUCUGAAGAGGGAGGUUUCUGUCCAAGACUCUAAACAUCGCAAGACACUCUCUGAGCUGGAGAAAGGUGUAGAUGGCCUAUUUGAUAGCUUUGCCAGGCUGGAUUCACGCAUCUCUAGUGUUGGACAGACUGCUGCAAAAAUCGGAGAUCAUCUGCAGAGUGCAGAUUCUCAGAGGGAAACUGCUAGUCAAACAAUAGAGCUCAUAAAGUACUUGGUGGAGUUCAAUGGCAGGUCUGGUGACCUAAUGGAACUUUCACCUCUAUUUUCUGAUGAUAGUCGUGUUGCUGAGGCUGCUGCAGUUGCACAGAAAUUGCGGGCAUUUGCUGAAGAAGAUAUUGGAAGACAGGGCAUAGCUGUAUCAUCAGUAGUGGGAAAUGCAACAGCAAGCCGGGGUUUAGAGGUUGCAGUUGCAAAUCUUCAGGACUAUUGCAAUGAAUUGGAGAACAGAUUGUUGGCUCGGUUUGAUGCAGCUUCACAGAGAAGGGAACUUUCGACAAUGGCAGAAUGUGCUAAAAUUUUGUCCCAGUUCAAUCGGGGUACCAGUGCCAUGCAACACUAUGUAGCGACUCGACCAAUGUUUAUUGAUGUGGAGGUAAUGAAUGCAGACACAAGAUUAGUUCUUGGAGAUCAGGGUUCACAAGCUAGCCCUAAUAAUGUUGCACGUGGGCUUUCUUCAUUCUACAAAGAAAUCACAGAUACUGUGCGAAAGGAGGCUGCCACAAUAAUGGCUGUGUUCCCUUCUCCUAAUGAUGUCAUGUCAAUCCUGGUGCAGAGAGUUUUGGAGCAGCGAGUUACAGCUCUUCUGGACAAGCUAUUACUGAAGCCAUCCCUUGUGAACAUACCUCCCGUUGAACAAGGUGGACUUUUAGUGUAUCUUAGAAUGCUAGCGGUGGCUUAUGAGAAGACACAAGAACUAGCUAGAGAAUUACGAGCUGUGGGAUGUGGUGACUUGGAUGUUGAAGGCCUUACAGAGUCUCUGUUUCUUGGUCACAAAGAUGAGUAUCCUGAGCAUGAGCAGGCUUCCCUCAGACAACUCUAUCAGGCGAAGAUGGAAGAAUUACGUGCUGAAAACCAGCAGCAGAUUGAUUCGACUGGGUCAAUUGGACGCUCAAAAGGAGCUGCAAUAGCAUCUUCCCAACAGCAAAUAUCGGUCACAGUAGUGACAGAAUUUGUACGAUGGAAUGAAGAGGCAAUUUCUAGAUGCACUCUGUUUUCUCCCCAGCAGCCUGCUACUCAUGCGUCUAAUGUGCGAGCGGUGUUCACUUGCGUGCUUGACCAAGUUGGCCAAUAUAUAACAGAAGGGCUAGAGCGAGCAAGAGAGGGUUUGAAUGAAGCUGCUGCUUUGAGAGAAAGGUUUGUGCUGGGCACAAGCGUUAGUAGAAGGGUGGCUGCCGCAGCUGCUUCUGCUGCAGAAGCUGCUGCUGCUGCUGGUGAAAGUAGCUUCAGAUCUUUCAUGGUGGCGGUGCAACGCUGUGCUAGCAGUGUAGCUAUAGUCCAGCAAUACUUUGCAAACUCUAUUUCUCGUCUCUUACUUCCUGUUGAUGGUGCACAUGCUGCUUCCUGUGAAGAAAUGGCGACAGCAAUGUCUAGUGCUGAGGCAGCCGCUUAUAAAGGGCUCCAACAAUGCAUUGAAACUGUUAUGGCUGAGGUAGAGCGAUUGCUAUCUGCUGAACAGAAAGCAACUGAUUACCGGUCUCCGGAUGAUGGAAUUGCUCCUGACCAUCGGCCAACAAAUGCCUGUACAAGAGUUGUUGCAUACCUCUCUCGUGUACUUGAGUCUGCUUUCACUGCCCUAGAAGGUCUAAACAAACAAGCUUUCCUAACUGAAUUGGGAAAUCGCUUGCACAAAGGGUUACUUAAUCACUGGCAGAAGUUCACUUUUAAUCCCAGUGGCGGGCUGCGGUUGAAGCGUGACAUAACUGAGUAUGGGGAGUUUGUCCGCAGCUUUAAUGCUCCCACAGUUGACGAGAAAUUCGAAUUGUUGGGCAUCAUGGCCAAUGUCUUCAUUGUUGCACCUGAAAGCCUCUCCACAUUGUUCGAGGGAACUCCUAGCAUCCGGAAAGAUGCACAGAGGUUCAUUCAGCUUAGAGAAGACUAUAAGAGUGCCAAACUUGCUUCCAGAUUGAGUUCGUUGUGGGCAGGUUCGAGUUGAAACAGAAGUGUGAUACUAUAGAGAGCAGCAACUGUGAUUGAGUAAGAGAUAACUGGCCACUUAAUUACAUGCAUUAGUGGAAACAGGAAUCUCAGAGGUACUCAGGCUGCCUCCUGAGCUGUUUGGUGCUUUCGGUUGCAAGAAGAUUCCGAGGAUUAAACCAAUCAGUAAGGCAAUCCUGCGGGUGAAGGGAGGAUUGUCCAGGACCGACAAUUCAAUGCAAAUGUGGAUGGUAAGAUCAACAGAUUUGUUCGUUAUGAAUAUGACCGGAUAUUUGAAUUUAUUGCUCCUAA